CUUUCAGCUGCGGCGCCUGAGUUGCUGGAGCGCGGAGCAGGGCUCGCCUGGUCCGGGACCCCACGUCUCGUCCCUGCGCAGGGCCGUCGGUCACCGCCUGCCCGUCCGGUCGGCCCGGCGUCCCGCGCGCGCGUCGGGGCGUCACGGAGCCUGCUGCCAUGAAGCCAGCGAGGACUAAGACGCCCAGGAAACCUCUAGGGAAGAAAGGGUCACAAACCAGUCUGAAAGAUCCCGUUGGGGUAUACUGCCGGGUGCGCCCCCUGAGCUUUCCUGACCAGGAGAGUUGUAUAGAAGUGAUCAAUAGCACAACCCUUCAGCUUCAUACGCCUGAGGGUUACAGACUCAACCGAAAUGGAGACUAUAAGGAGACUCAAUAUUCAUUUAAACAAGUAUUUGGCACUCAUACAACCCAGAAGGAGCUCUUUGAUGUUGUGGCGAAUCCCUUGGUAGAUGACCUCAUUCAUGGCAAAAAUGGUCUUCUUUUUACAUAUGGUGUGACAGGAAGUGGAAAAACUCACACAAUGACUGGUUCUCCAGGGGAAGGAGGGCUACUUCCUCGUUGUUUGAACAUGAUCUUUAACAGCAUAGGUGCUUUCCAAGCUAAACGAUACGUUUUUAAGUCUAAUGACAGGAAUAGCAUGGACAUACAGUGUGAAGUUGAUGCCUUAUUAGAACGGCAGAAAAGAGAAGCCAUGCCCAAUCCAAAGACCCCUUCUAGCAAACGACAAGUAGACCCAGAGUUUGCAGAUAUGAUAAAUGUACAAGAAUUCUGCAGAGCAGAAGAAGUUGAUGAAGAUAGUGUCUAUGGUGUAUUUGUCUCUUAUAUUGAAAUAUAUAACAAUUACAUAUAUGAUUUAUUGGAAGAGGUGCCAUUUGAUCCCAUAAAACCUAAAAUUCCACAGUCUAAAAUGCUUCGUGAAGAUAAGAACCAUAACAUGUAUGUUGCAGGAUGUACAGAAGUAGAAGUGAAAUCUACUGAGGAGGCUUUUGAAGUUUUCUGGAGAGGUCAGAAAAAGAGACGCAUUGCAAACACACAUUUGAAUCGAGAGUCCAGCCGUUCCCAUAGUGUGUUCAACAUUAAAUUAGUACAGGCCCCCUUGGAUGCAGAGGGAGACAAUGUCUUACAGGAAAAAGAACAGAUCACCGUAAGUCAGCUGUCCUUGGUAGAUCUGGCUGGAAGUGAAAGAACUAACCGGACAAAAGCCGAGGGGAACAGAUUACGGGAAGCUGGUAACAUUAAUCAGUCACUAAUGACACUAAGAACAUGUAUGGAAGUCCUAAGAGAAAACCAAAUGUAUGGAACUAAUAAGAUGGUUCCAUAUCGAGAUUCAAAGUUAACCCAUCUGUUCAAGAACUACUUUGAUGGGGAAGGAAAAGUACGCAUGAUUGUGUGUGUGAAUCCCAAGGCAGAAGAUUAUGAAGAAAGCUUGCAAGUUAUGAGAUUUGCAGAAGUGACACAAGAAGUUGAAGUGGCAAGACCAGUAGACAAGGCAAUAUGUGGUCUGACACCUGGGAGAAGAUACAAAAACCAGAUUCGGGGAGGUCCAGUUGGAGAUGAAGUGGUUCUACAGAGUUUCCCACCAUUGCCAUCAUGUGAAAUUUUGGAUAUCAAUGAUGAGCAAACUCUUCCCAGGCUGAUUGAAGCAUUAGAGAAACGACAUCACCUACGACAAAUGAUGGUCGAUGAGUUUAACAAACAAGCUAUUACUUUUAAAGCUCUGUUGCAAGAAUUUGACAAUGCUGUUUUAAAUAAAGAAAACUACGUUCAAGGGAAACUAAAUGAAAAAGAAAAGGUGAUCUCGGGACAAAAGAUGGAAAUAGAACGACUGGAGAAGAAAAACAAAACUUUAGAAUAUAAGAUUGAGAUUUUAGAGAAAACAACUACAAUCUAUGAAGAAGAUAAACGCAAUCUGCAGCAGGAACUUGAAAACCAGAAUCAGAAGCUUCAGCGUCAAUUUUCUGACAAACGUAGAUUAGAAGCCCGAUUGCAAGGCAUGGUGACAGAAACAACAAUGAAGUGGGAGAAAGAAUGUGAGCGAAGAGUGGCAGCUAAACAGCUGGAGAUGCAAAAUAAACUCUGGGUCAAAGAUGAAAAACUGAAACAACUUAAGGCUAUUGUUACAGAACCCAAACCUGAAAAGCCAGAGAGACCCUCCCGGGAGCGGGAUCGAGAAAGGGUUACUCAGAGAUCUGUUUCUCCAUCACCUGUACCUCUUUCUAGUAACUAUAUUGCUCAGAUUUCCAACGGCCAGCAACUCAUGAGCCAGCCACAGCUACAUAGGCGCUCUAACUCUUGCAGCAGCAUUUCUGUAGCUUCCUGUAUUUCGGAAUGGGAGCAGAAAAUACCUCCGUACAACACACCUCUCAAAGUCACAUCUAUUGCAAGGCGUAGGCAGCAGGAGCCAGGACAAAGUAAAACUUGUAUCGUGUCAGACAGAAGGCGGGGGAUGUACUGGACUGAAGGCAGGGAGGUGGUUCCUACAUUCAGAAGUGAGAUAGAAAUAGAAGAGGAUCAUUGCCACAGGAAUGCACCACCAAUUCGUCUCCGACACAGACGAUCACGCUCUGCGGGAGACAGAUGGGUAGAUCAUAAGCCUGCCUCUAACGUGCAAACUGAAACAGUCAUGCAGCCACAUGUCCCUCAUGCCAUCACAGUAUCUGUUGCAAAUGAAAAGGCACUAGCUAAGUGUGAGAAGUACAUGCUGACCCACCAGGAACUAGCCUCCGAUGGGGAGAUUGAAACUAAACUAAUUAAGGGUGAUGUUUAUAAAACAAGGGGUGGUGGACAAUCUGUUCAGUUUACUGAUAUUGAGACUUUAAAACAAGAAUCACCAACAGGUCGAAAACGAAGAUCUUCCACAGCAGCACCUGCCCAACCAGAUGGUACAGAAUCUGAAUGGACUGAUGUAGAAACAAGGUGUUCUGUGGCUGUGGAGAUGAGAGCGGGCUCCCAGCUGGGACCUGGUUAUCAGCAUCAUGCACAACCCAAGCGUAAGAAACCAUGAGCUGACGGUCUCAGUGCAGUGAUGAAAGACUAUUUGUGUUGCCAACUUCUCCAAAGUCAUGUCAGAAC